CAGAUUUCACUCUUUACCUGCUGUGUACUGUCGGCUAGCACGCCCUUUCAGUCUCCAAGCUGCCUCGCUCACGGUCAUCUCCCUCGCCACCCUCGAUACCUACUGCAAGGCGAGGUGAACUUCGCAAGAAAAAUGCCGCACGUCGUCGCUCAGUGAGCUCAACAUUAGCACCAACCCUAGACUGGAGUACUAGUUACCAGGCAGGAUCAUCGGGCUCACAAACCGAUGACAGCUAUGAUGAAGAUUCCGAUGAUUCGUUACCCGUACCACGCGGUCGUAAAUAUUCCAUAUCAUCCUCUCGAAGGAACGGUUCAGUAAAUCGUAACAAAACUCCAAAACCCCGAAGAAGAAGAGGGCUCAGUCCUAUUUAUCCUACUUCUUCAGGAGAAUCCUCCACAAAUCGUGCAGCCCCGUUCACCCGUUCAAAGUCCGAAUCGCCGGCCGUGCUACCAUCCUCUUUUUCCUUCAAAACGCGAUUCGGAAUCCCACUACUUAUUCGCCACGAGUCUCUUCUAACUUGGCGGCACGUUUUACCUGCUAGAUUCGAACUAAACAUUCGUAUACCAUUUUCAUCUUAUACCUGGACAUUUUCUCUUGAUUCUAGGCGGGCGGGUGAAUCUAUUAUCAUGCUUGGAACUUUGGUAUACGCCACGUCGACAAUCUGGGAGGAAACCGACUUCCAAUCAUCUCAUUUCUCAUCCCGCAAUUAUAAUUUGUGGAUUCUCACAGAACUUCAGUGCCUCAUUGGAAUCGUUGUACUGUAUAUGCUUUGGAUGCAUAACUCCUUAAUCUCUUCUUCGUUAAUGGCCCUUCCCGGUUCUGAAGUGACCCUGUCUGUGGCAAACUCAGGGACUAUUGGCUUGACACGGCGAUCGCUAUCCCCACGGCCUUCAGAACGACGCAAUGGGCCUCCCUCAAUCAAUAAACCAUAUUUUGGGUUUGUGUGGAUGUCAGUACCGAAAAAUUAUAGAGAAUCGACCGAUGACGGAAUAUGCACCGGACUCCUCUUAGGACCCCUAGUCUCAUGCGCAUUACUGUAUUCAUCCCUAUCGAGGCGCGAUCCCACGUCAAACCCUCUUCCCCCGAACUGGCGAAUAGAGGCGCCUUUCUCGCUCAACAAUUCGAAAGGCUCCUAUACACCUCUUGAAGCCCUUGUUCUUUCGCGCUAUAAUGCCGUCGAUCUCGCAGUCAUGUGUUCUAGCAUCUUGCUACUUCAUAUAUGUUGCUCUUGGUGUCUAGAGCAUCAAUAUUCUUCCUCAGCCAAUAUCGAUGGUGAGAGAAAAUCCGUGCCAAGGAGUGAAGGACGUCGACUCCUCUUUUAUGUCACUUUCACAAUCGGUGUUAGCUUUUCUGUAGUCGCGUUGAAGGUGGCGUUUCAGCUGCUAUCCUGGGGUUUCUGGCAACACUUGACAUGGCUUGAAGUUGCCGUAAGCUCCUUGUUUUACCAGUUCACGCUCUACGUUGCGGUUCGCCUUGCUCAUCGGAGUUUUACUUUGGGAGAGCUUGGGGUGGUUGCUUAUGGUGGUACGGCACUAUUCAUGGAGUUGCUCAAUGUCACCAGAGCUAGAAUUUGGCCCCAAGCUACACCGUUCGUCAAGACCUUUCGUCUGCCUACUCCCCUUUUGGUUUUCCAGAUCGCUUUGGUUGCGGGCUCCUUUUUAACAGGUUUCAUACUCUCUCCCUUCCUCAUUCUUUCUCGCCAAAUUGCUCAAAGGCCGAUCAGACGCCUACGCUACCCAGAGCAAAAACUUCGUCACCGACGCAUACUCGCUCUCGGUUUCUACAUCGGGGCUCUGAUCAUCAUUGUUGGUGUUAUCGGGCUGUGGACCCGUUGGUGUCUGGAUAACCGUGAUCCGUGGAUCUGGGUCAUCUUUUGGUUAUUGGAAGGCAGGAAAAAAUGGAGUAGAGCAGUUCUCUUGGGCUAUUGGGGAGUCUUGGGUUCUUUAAGCGUUGCUGGAUGGAACCGGCAACUAGCGCGCUCAAGACGAUUCAGAGCACGAAAUUCCACAGGCGAAACUCUCGUUGUUCCGGGAGUACCGCCCUCGGUAGAUAAUACCAUCCAAGGGACAAGUUCUGGCAGCGAAAACUCCAACACAGCCGGAGGAAUCGGUCCGACUUCUACCACCCCUACACUUGGUUUGACAUUCCCCAAUCUUCCCAGUGGGGCAACAGUCGCCACCGACUGGUUGGAUGCUGCAGAUAAACACGUGCCGACGUUGAGGUUGAACGCAAGGAGAAAGUUCUUUCAUGGGUUAGCCGUAGUCAUGUUUGUUCCAGGGGUGGCAUUUGAUCCCGCCUUCACCCAUCUGUGUUUCAGUGCCGUGUUCGCGUUAUUCACGUUUGCUGAAUACGUUCGCUAUUUUGCUAUUUAUCCAUUCGGAGCAUCUGUUCAUCUGUUCAUGAAUGAGUUUCUGGAUCAAAAAGAUAGUGGUACGACCAUUCUAAGUCAUUUUUAUCUCCUGACUGGGUGUGCCGGACCUUUAUGGCUGGAGAGCGGAUCUUCUCUUGUCGAGUUUUCAGGUAUCCUUAUGCUUGGCGUUGGAGAUUCACUGGCGUCAAUUGUAGGGAAACGAAUGGGUAUACAUCGGUGGUCCCCUACGUCUUCCAAGUCUCUUGAAGGAAGCUUGGCGUUCAUCGUGUCAAUUGUCGUAUGCGCAUGGAUUCUGCGCUUGUUUGGUAUGGUGGAGGCAUUCUCGGUAUGUGCGAUCUCGCAGUCCAGGGCAAUCUGGACAAUUUCCCCUUGCUUAUCUUUGCUUCUUUGCACCCUGUUCAAAUGUUGGAUGGCUAACUAUCUUGGUUUCUAGACGGUAAGGUAUGCAGGCGUGAUUGGUUGCUCGUCAAUCAUGGAGGCGCUGUCGGAUCAGAAUGAUAAUCUGACACUCCCACUUUUCACAUGGAGUUUAGCUGUCCUUGUGGGUGUCAGAUAACGAUUUAUUUAGGAUGUAUGUAACUAUCUUUAUUAUAUACGUAAUAUGCAAGACGGUGUUUACAUAAAUAAUCAUACGCGAUCAAAUUAUUUCCCA